AGGCAGGAGGGCACAUUGGGAGAUGCAGCUUGCAAGAGUCCUGAGUCUGAUCCAGAGGACUUCUCCGAUGAAACAAAUACAGAGAAUCUGUAUGGCAACUCUCCCCCCAGCACACCUCGACAGAUUAAACGCAUGUCAACCAAACACCAGAGGAAUAAUGUGGGGAGGCCAGCCAGUCGGUCUAAUUUGAAAGAAAAAAUGAAUGCACCAAAUCAGCCUCCACAUAAAGACACUGGAAAAACAGUGGAGAAUGUGGAAGAAUACAGCUAUAAGCAGGAGAAAAAGAUCCGAGCAGCUCUUAGAACAACAGAGCGUGAUCAUAAAAAAAACGUACAGUGCUCAUUCAUGUUAGACUCAGUGGGUGGAUCUUUGCCAAAAAAAUCAAUUCCAGAUGUGGAUCUCAAUAAGCCUUACCUCAGCCUUGGCUGUAGCAACGCUAAGCUUCCAGUAUCUGUGCCCAUGCCUAUAGCCAGACCUGCACGCCAGACUUCUAGGACUGACUGUCCAGCAGAUCGUUUAAAGUUUUUUGAAACAUUACGACUUUUGCUAAAGCUUACCUCAGUCUCAAAGAAGAAAGACAGGGAGCAAAGAGGACAAGAAAAUACGUCUGGUUUCUGGCUUAACCGAUCUAACGAACUGAUCUGGUUAGAGCUACAAGCCUGGCAUGCAGGACGGACAAUUAAUGACCAGGACUUCUUUUUAUAUACAGCCCGGCAAGCCAUCCCAGAUAUUAUCAAUGAAAUCCUUACUUUCAAAGUCGACUAUGGGAGCUUCGCCUUUGUUAGAGAUGGAGCUGGUUUUAAUGGUACUUCAGUAGAAGGGCAGUGCAAAGCCACUCCUGGAACAAAGACUGUAGGUUACUCAACACAUCACGAGCAUCUCCAACGCCAGAGGGUCUCAUUUGAGCAGGUAAAACGGAUAAUGGAGCUGCUAGAGUACAUAGAAGCACUUUAUCCAUCAUUGCAGGCGCUUCAGAAGGACUACGAAAAAUAUGCUGCAAAAGACUUCCAGGACAGGGUGCAGGCACUCUGUUUGUGGUUAAACAUCACAAAAGACUUAAAUCAGAAAUUAAGGAUUAUGGGCACUGUUUUGGGCAUCAAGAAUUUAUCAGACAUUGGCUGGCCAGUGUUUGAAAUCCCUUCCCCUCGACCAUCCAAAGGUAAUGAGCCGGAGUAUGAGGGUGAUGACACAGAAGGAGAAUUGAAGGAGUUGGAAAGUAGUACGGAUGAGAGUGAGGAAGAGCAAAUCUCUGAUCCUGGGGUACCAGAAAUCAGACAGCCCGUAGACAACAGCUUCGACAUCCAGUCGCAGGACUGCAUAUCCAAGAAGCUUGAGAGGCUGGAGUCUGAGGAUGAUUCUGUUGGCUGGGGAGCACCAGACUGCAGCGCAGAAGCAGGCUUUAGUAGACAUUGUCUGACUUCUAUUUAUAGACCAUUUGUAGACAAAGCACUGAAGCAGAUGGGGUUAAGAAAGUUAAUUUUAAGACUUCACAAGCUAAUGGAUGGUUCCUUGCAAAGGGCACGUGUAGCAUUGGUAAAGAACGAUCGUCCAGUGGAGGGAGACAUGAGACAUUAAUCAGUAUAUGUAAGAUGUACAUUGAUUCCAUCCAGAAAGGCAGGACAACUCGAAGCAGGGAUGGUUCUUGCAGGUCACAGUUUUCUGAAUUUCCAGAUCCCAUGUGGGGUUCAGAUUAUGUGCAGUUGUCAAGGACACCGCCUUCAUCUGAGCAGAAAUGCAGCGCUGUGUCGUGGGAGGAGCUGAAGGCCAUGGAUUUACCUUCAUUCGAACCUGCCUUCCUAGUUCUCUGCCGAGUCCUUCUGAAUGUCAUCCAUGAGUGUCUGAAGUUAAGACUGGAGCAAAGACCUGCUGGAGAACCAUCUCUCUUGAGUAUUAAGCAGCUGGUGAGAGAGUGUAAGGAGGUCCUGAAGGGAGGCCUGUUGAUGAAGCAGUACUACCAGUUCAUGCUGCAGGAGGUUCUGGAGGACUUGGAGAAGCCCGACUGCAACAUUGACGCUUUUGAAGAGGAUCUGCAUAAAAUGCUUAUGGUGUAUUUUGAUUACAUGAGAAGCUGGAUCCAAAUGCUACAGCAAUUACCUCAAGCAUCCCAUAGUUUAAAAAAUCUGUUAGAAGAAGAAUGGAAUUUCACCAAAGAAAUAACUCAUUACAUACGGGGAGGAGAAGCACAGGCCGGGAAGCUUUUCUGUGACAUUGCAGGAAUGCUGCUGAAGUCUACAGGAAGUUUUUUAGAAUUUGGCUUACAGGAGAGCUGUGCCGAAUUUUGGACUAGUGCGGAUGAUAGCAGUGCUUCCGACGAAAUCAGGAGGUCUGUUAUAGAGAUCAGCCGAGCCCUGAAGGAGCUCUUCCAUGAAGCCAGAGAAAGGGCCUCCAAAGCACUUGGGUUUGCUAAAAUGUUGAGAAAGGACCUGGAAAUAGCAGCAGAAUUCAGGCUUUCAGCCCCAGUUAGAGACCUCCUGGAUGUUCUGAAAUUAAAACAGUAUGUCAAGGUACAAAUUCCUGGGUUAGAAAACUUGCAAGUGUUUGUUCCAGACACUCUUGCUGAGGAGAAGAGUAUUAUUUUGCAGUUACUCAAUGCAGCCGCAGGAAAGGACUGUUCAAAAGAUUCAGACGACGUAGUCUUCGAUGCCUAUCUGCUUCUGACCAAGCACGGUGAUCGAGCCCGGGAUUCAGAGGACAGCUGGGGCACGUGGGAGGCACAGCCUGUCAAAGUCGUGCCUCAGGUGGAGACUGUUGACACCCUGAGAAGCAUGCAGGUGGAUAAUCUUUUACUAGUUGUCAUGCAGUCUGCCCAUCUCACAAUUCAGAGAAAAGCUUUCCAGCAGUCCAUUGAGGGACUUAUGACUCUGUGCCAGGAGCAGACAUCCAGUCAGCCGGUCAUCGCCAAAGCUUUGCAGCAGCUGAAGAAUGAUGCAUUAGAGCUAUGCAACAGAAUAAGCAAUGCCAUUGACCGCGUGGACCACAUGUUCACAUCAGAAUUCGAUGCUGAAGUUGAUGAAUCCGAAUCUGUCACCUUGCAACAGUACUACCGAGAAGCAAUGAUUCAGGGGUACAAUUUUGGAUUUGAGUAUCAUAAAGAAGUUGUUCGUUUGAUGUCUGGGGAGUUUAGACAGAAGAUAGGAGACAAAUAUAUAAGCUUUGCCCGGAAGUGGAUGAAUUAUGUCCUGACUAAAUGUGAGAGUGGUAGAGGUACAAGACCCAGGUGGGCGACUCAAGGAUUUGAUUUUCUACAAGCAAUUGAACCUGCCUUUAUUUCAGCUUUACCAGAAGAUGACUUCUUGAGUUUACAAGCCUUGAUGAAUGAAUGCAUUGGCCAUGUCAUAGGAAAACCACACAGUCCUGUUACAGGUUUGUACCUUGCCAUUCAUCGGAACAGCCCCCGUCCUAUGAAGGUACCUCGAUGCCAUAGUGACCCUCCUAACCCACACCUCAUUAUCCCCACUCCAGAGGGAUUCAGCACUCGGAGCGUGCCUUCCGACGCGCGGAGCCACGGCAGCCCUGCUGCUGCUGCUGCUGCUGUUGCUGCCAGUCGGCCCAGCCCCUCUGGUGGCGACUCUGUGCUGCCCAAAUCCAUCAGCAGUGCCCAUGAUACCAGGGGUUCCAGCGUCCCUGAAAAUGAUCGAUUGGCUUCCAUAGCUGCUGAAUUGCAGUUUAGGUCCCUGAGUCGUCACUCAAGCCCCACGGAGGAACGAGACGAACCAGCAUAUCCAAGAGGAGAUUCAAGUGGGUCCACCAGAAGAAGCUGGGAACUUCGGACACUAAUCAGCCAGAGUAAAGAUACUGCUUCUAAACUAGGACCCAUAGAAGCUAUCCAGAAGUCAGUCCGAUUGUUCGAAGAAAAGAGGUACCGAGAAAUGAGGAGAAAGAAUAUCAUUGGUCAAGUUUGUGAUACGCCUAAGUCCUAUGAUAACGUCAUGCAUGUUGGCUUGAGGAAGGUGACCUUCAAGUGGCAAAGAGGAAACAAAAUCGGGGAAGGCCAGUACGGGAAGGUGUACACCUGCAUCAGCGUCGACACCGGGGAGCUGAUGGCCAUGAAGGAGAUUCGAUUUCAACCUAAUGACCAUAAGACUAUCAAGGAAACUGCAGAUGAAUUGAAAAUAUUCGAAGGCAUCAAACACCCCAAUCUGGUUCGGUAUUUUGGUGUGGAGCUUCAUAGAGAAGAAAUGUACAUCUUCAUGGAGUACUGCGAUGAGGGGACAUUAGAAGAGGUGUCAAGGCUGGGACUUCAGGAACAUGUGAUUAGGCUGUAUUCAAAGCAGAUCACCAUUGCGAUCAAUGUCCUCCAUGAGCAUGGCAUAGUCCACCGUGACAUUAAAGGUGCCAAUAUCUUCCUUACCUCAUCUGGAUUAAUCAAACUGGGAGAUUUUGGAUGCUCAGUAAAGCUCAAAAACAAUGCCCAGACCAUGCCUGGUGAAGUGAACAGCACCCUGGGGACAGCAGCAUACAUGGCACCUGAAGUCAUCACUCGCGCCAAAGGAGAAGGCCAUGGGCGUGCGGCCGACAUCUGGAGUCUGGGGUGUGUUGUCAUAGAGAUGGUGACUGGCAAGAGGCCUUGGCAUGAGUAUGAGCACAACUUUCAAAUUAUGUAUAAAGUGGGGAUGGGACAUAAACCACCAAUCCCUGAAAGAUUAAGCCCUGAAGGCAAGGACUUCCUUUCUCACUGCCUUGAGAGUGACCCAAAGAUGAGAUGGACCGCCAGCCAGCUCCUCGACCAUUCGUUUGUCAAGGUUUGCACAGAUGAAGAAUGAAGCCUAGUAGAAUAUGGACUUGGAAAAUUCUCUUAAUCACUACUGUAUGUAAUAUUUACAUAAAGACUGUGCUGAGAAGCAGUAUAAGCCUUUUUAACCUUCCAAGACUGAAGACUGCACAGGUGACAAGCGUCACUUCUCCUGCUGCUCCUGUUUGUCUAAUGUGGCAAAAGGCUCUCUGGAGGGCUGGUGGCCACGAGGUUAAAGAAGCUGCAUGUUAAGUGCCAUUACUACUGUACACGGACCAUCGCCUCUGUCUCCUCCGUGUCUCGCGUGACUGAGAACCGUGACAUCAGCGUAGUGUUUUGACCUAGGUUCAAAAGAAGUUGUAGUGUUAUCAGGCGUCCUAUACCUUGUUUUUAAUCUCCUGUUUGUUGAGUGCACUGACUGUGAAACCUUUUACCUUUUUUGUUGUUGGCAAGCUGCAGGUUUGUAAUGCAAAGGCUGAUUACUGAAAUUUAAGAAAAAGGUUCUUUUUUCAAUAAAUGGUUUAUUUUAGGAAAGCUCA